CGUCUCCUAAAAAAGCCGCCGAUUUUGCUGAUUUCUCAAGCAGGUCCCCUCUAUCUCUCUCUCUGUACGUGUGUCUCGUGUUUAUCGUCCAUGGACGAUCUCUACGUAUCUGGAAGCGAGAAACCCUAGUUUGAAAUGAAGUGGAUCCUUCGGCUGCUGAUAAACCCAGAAAGGAACAGCAACCAAAGUUCUUUUUCGAUUCGUUGAGUGCGGGCCUGCACCAAAUUGGAUCUUGUAUUUGAUGAUUCAUUUUUAAUUUCUGAACAUCAGGGAUUUUAGGGGUUGGAUAUGGAUGCUGGGACUGGCGAAUUAACUAGGCCUUCAGGUUCAAGCAAUACUAGCAAUGAUAUUGGUCAUUUUGAAUGUAAUAUAUGCUUUGAAUUAGCUGAAGACCCAGUGGUGACCCUAUGUGGACACCUAUACUGUUGGCCGUGUCUUUACAACUGGCUGCAUAUGCACUCACAUUCUCACCAGUGCCCGGUUUGUAAGGCUCUCAUAGAGGAGGAAAAGUUGGUUCCUAUAUAUGGAAGGGGCAAAACUAGCUCGGAUCCAAGACAUGGAAUGAUAUCAGAAGUUGACGUUCCGAAUCGUCCUGCAGGACAGAGGCCUCAAACAGCUCCCCCUCCUGCCCUGUACACAAACUAUUUCCAUCAAGAAGGGAAUGGCCUCGUGGGAGGCUUUGUGCCUGUGGGAACUGCGAGGAAUGACUUCACCUUUGGUGGUUUGUUUCCAUUUUUGAACUUUCAGGCCCAGAGAUUUAACUAUGCUAAUGCAUUCGGUGCCGGCCCUGGAUUUCCUUAUUGGUAUCCUGGUUCCUUUCAUGGGGGUCAUCCCCAUGGAUUUUAUUAUCAGCUAAAUCGAGGACAGCGGAGAAAUUCGUUUAUGAAGUGGUUCUUGCUCGUUGGUCUGGCUGUGCUCGUCUAUCUUAUUUCAUUGUAGAUAUUUGUAUUUUAUGCCUGAAGCUGGUUUAUAGGUGUAAAAUAUGAUUGCAAGGAACCUGUAUAUGUUUGCUAAUAAACUUGUAACUCUGCAUUCAGAAUAUCUGGAGGUGUUCUAUUUUUUUACUAGUUGAUUUUGGAAUUAAAAACUAUCGUACAUAUAGAUGUACGAUAGUUUCCAAGUUUUUGAUUUUUGCAGCUGCUUCUCUGUAAUGAUGCUUGCUAUAAUUAAAGUAUGCUCAGAUUUAGUUA